UUGUAACAGAAAAUUAAAAUACACUCCACUCAAGAGGACUCUGCACUCUGCACUUUGGUUAAAGUCUCAUUUAGAUUUGAAUUUCUAAACUUUUCUUAAGAAGCUAACUUUUCUUUCAUCUCCUCUCUUCUGAAUUUCAGAAAUCUGAUACAAUUACUUGAUAAAAUGUCUUCUUGUCAUGUUGUUGAAGAUCCCAUAAAAAAAGUUGCUAUCUUUGGAGGAACUCAUGGGAAUGAGCUAACAGGAGUAUUUCUAGUUAAGCACUGGCUAGAGAAUGGCGCUGAGAUUCAGAGGACAGGGCUGGAGGUAAAACCGUUUAUCACCAACCCAAGAGCAGUGAAGAAGUGUACCAGAUAUAUUGACUGUGACCUGAAUCGAGUUUUUGACUGUGAAAAUCUUGGCAAAAAAAUGUCAGAGGAUUUGCCAUAUGAAGUAAGAAGGGCUCAAGAAAUAAAUCAUUUAUUUGGUCCAAAAGGCAGUGAAGAUUCCUAUGACAUUAUUUUUGACCUUCACAAUACGACUUCUAACAUGGGAUGCACUCUUAUUCUUGAAGAUUCCAAGAAUGACUUUUUAAUUCAGAUGUUUCAUUAUAUUAAGACUUCUUUGGCUCCAUUACCCUGCUAUGUUUAUCUUAUUGAGCAUCCUUCCCUCAAAUACGCAACCACUCGUUCUGUAGCCAAGUAUCCUGUUGGUAUAGAGGUUGGUCCCCAGCCUCAAGGGGUUCUGAGAGCUGAUAUUUUGGAUCAGAUGAGAAAAAUGAUUAAAUAUGCUCUUGAUUUUAUACAUAAUUUCAAUGAAGGAAAAGAAUUUCCUCCUUGUGCUCUUGAAGUCUAUAAAAUAAUGGAGAAAGUGGAUUAUCCAAGGGAUGAAAAUGGAGAAAUUGCUGCUAUUAUCCACCCAAAUCUGCAGGAUCAAGACUGGAAACCAUUGUGCCCUGGGGAUCCUGUGUUUUUAACUCUUGAUGGAAAGACUAUUCCACUGGGUGGAGACUGUACCGUGCACCCAGUGUUUGUAAACGAGGCUGCGUACUAUGAAAAGAAAGAAGCUUUUGCCAAGACGACUAUACUAACACUCAAUGCAAAAAGUGUUCGCUCCUCUUUACAUUAGAAAUCACUUCUAGUUCACUUGCUAUACAGUAUCUUGAAAAACUCUACUAGUCUGUAAGCCCCCCAGGGGUAAGACUGUGCUUGAUUUAAUGUGCCUUCUUCACAUCCAUAGUA